GCAACAACGCGCAUGAGCAUAACAUUCUGCUCAUCAACAGAGCUCCUUAGGUGUGUUAUUUGGGACAAACUGGAGUUUUUUUAGUAACGCGGCCGCACAGAGAACAGAGACGCUGGGUCCACUCCGCGACAGCCGUGCAGCAGAGCAGAUGGACCAGGUAUCCAGCCGGUCAGGAGUGGGCACUGAUGAUGAGUCAGCAUCCUUCGUGGAUGUCAGGUGGAGCUCUGAAGAAGAGAGCUCUGACCCUCAGGGACAGUGUCUUGCCGCACCUCAAUCUCCUCUGCCGACGUACAAACAGAGGCUUGAUGAAUUUAAGAAGUUGUUCAAAGAUCUGCCGGGGUCAGAAAGACUCAUAGUGGAUUACACGUGUGCCCUCCAGCGGGACAUCCUCCUUCAGGGACGCCUCUACAUCUCAGAGAACUGGCUGUGUUUCUACAGCAAUGUGUUUUGGGGUACGAAGAUUGCACUGACUCUUAAAGACAUUGUUAAUAUGACCAGAGAGAAAACAGCCCGGCUGAUUCCCAAUGCCAUCCAGGUCUGCACAGAAAAAGAGAAGUUCUUCUUCACUUCCUUCUCUUCAAGAGAGAAAAGCUACCAGGGUAUUUUCCGCAUGUGGCAAAACACACUGUUGGACAAGCCUCUGACCAGCUUGGAGUUGUGGCAGAUGGUCAAACAGCACUAUGGGCAUGACCUGGGCCUGAGCCAUGAAGAGAUGGAGAGCUUACAGAUGUCAGCAGAAUCAAGCAUGCAGAACAGCCCAACGGUGAGGCCUGGUGGUGAUGACAGACCAGGGACCCCCUCCCUUCGCGUCCCUGUGGUGGAGCAUGGGCCCUUGGAGACCUCCACGCCUCAAGGGGAGGACUUGCCUUUCCCUUUCCGCUCACAGAACUCUGCCAGCGCGCAGGAUGACACUCGCAACACCCCGUCUCAGCGGCAUAGUCCUGCUCCCUCACUAGACCGCCUUGUCCCAGAACGGGUUUCCAAGCGCUCCAUGCUUUCUCUUGACCUCAACGCCAAUGAGAACGGCGUGUCCGAGCAGAGCGGUUCAGAAAGCAUCGAUGAUGUGGAGGAGCGAGUGGGUUUGUCCCAGGUGCAGGGUCGAAUUUACCUAAACCGAGUCUUCCACAUCAGCGCUAACAAGAUGUUUGAGUUACUCUUCACCGACUCCAGCUUCAUCCGCAGGUUCAUGAACAUGAGGAAGACGACCAAUGCCAGCUCCACUCCUUGGCAAAAAGAUGCCUCUGGAAACAUGAAGCGGAGUCUGAACUACACAAUAACCAUCAGCAAUCCUCUGAUUGGCAAGUUCUCCACCGCUACAGAGUACCAGACGCUGUACAAAGAAUCCAGGGAUGGCCAGUAUUACCUUGUAGACUCGGAGGUGUACACUCACGACGUUCCCUACCACGAUUACUUCUACACUCAAAAUCGGUACUACAUCAUAAGUAACUCCAAGCGGAAGUGUCGACUAAGGGUCUAUACUGAUGUGAAGUACAAGAAGCAGCCAUGGGGCUUGGUCAAGUCCUUUAUCACCAAAAACUCCUGGGGUGGCAUAGAAGAGAAUUUCAGACAGCUGGAAGCAGAACUGCUGGAGGAGGAAGCGGACAUGAACCAAGGGGGCACAGAAUCUGGGAAGAUGAGUGGGGUUAGGAGGAGGAGGCGGACAUUUAGCCGAACUCUGCCCGAGCACAUAAAGCCCAUCAAGCCGUACGGGCAAGACCCUGAACCGCACAGGGAUGGCAACUUGGUCCCCAUAGAAAUGGACAGCCCGUACAGAUGGAACACCUCAACAAUAGUAGCUGGGAUGAGUAUGAUUUUGCUGAUUCUGACGUUGCUGAAUGUGGGUCUGUUUUUCAAGUUGUGGGCCAUGGAGGAUGUAGCUCACCGCAUGUUCCUGAGCACAAAGCAUCGGCUGAGGGAGAGGAGUGAGGCCAGCUUGGCCUCUGAAUACCUUCCCAGACAGGGACCAGGGUAUGGGGCCACACAGGAUAUGCAGCUGCUGAAAACUGUACUGCAGGACUCCAUCAACCUUUUAGAACAGCUCCGCAGCUCUCUGGUGGUGUUGCAGCAGAACUUUGCUUUGGCCAAUCAUACAGCAGCACCACAGUGAUGCUCCACACCUGGCGACUACAGACUGCCUGUCCCCAUCACGGCGGGGGUGGGGGGGGAGCCGCACUGGUGAACUGCCUCUGAGGAAAUAUCCAGUGGCGUUGCCAAGUAGACGUCCCCAGACCCCUAAAAUAAAAUACCAUUUGUUGCUGGGGGUUACACAUCCCAAAGCCUGUGGUGAGGCCUCAGGUGCCAGGAUGUGUGUUUUUUGUUUGUUUUUUUAAGCUAUAGACUGACUCAAAUGUAAUUGUCCUUACAUCAGUCAGUUGCACGCAGAGCAGUGGGUUUAAGAUUUGUGAAGGGCGCUAUUGUCACUCCCUUGACCGGUUUCUUUCUCAUUAUUUAAUUGAAUAGUGGAAUUGGAUUUCUGAAAACCCUUUUCCUGAUGUACCUAACUAUAUUCUGAUGAGCGACAUGCCACACCAAAUGCGCUAUUGUAAAUACUUUUUUAUUUAUUCAAGGGAAGUGAAUUAAUAUUUAAAACAACUUAUCCCCAUUUACAUUUUUGCAAAUAUUUUAAUUUUUGCACAAGUGCCUUGUAGAUUGGGCUGUGUUUUAUAUAUCUUUCUGGAUUUUAUUGUUCCAAUAAACUGUAGAAUCAGUAACUCAAUUUUGGAAGUUUGUCCUCUUUUGUAAUUGUUAUAAAUCCAUUUUGUUUGUUUGCAAACUGCAGGAAUUGCUACAACAUUAAAUUGUAAAUAGAAAAAUAACCUCUGGAUUUAAUAAAUAGAGUAUAUGAGUCUGGGGGGGGGG